UAUUGCGUGACGUGGUGUUCCACAAAAGCGCAUACCGUAGACAACUCCAUUACACCUUUGGUGAUUUGGUCGACCUGACACCUCUACAAAAGUACCAACCGCCGGCAGAAUGACUUCUGAAGAAGUGCGAACAACCGUAAGAACCACUGCCACACGAACAGUGGUUCGAGAAGCCGUACGAGAGAGCCGAGAGUACAGAGUUUAUUGCGGAUGUUGUGAUCCAAUGUGGCUCGUUACAACCGUCGAGGGGGUGUUCAAGUUGUUUCAGUUCUUCUCUACUUUUCUAAGCUUCAUUCUCGUCACGUCCUUUCAUGAUAGCAACAAGCCUCAGUAUGAAUUCCAGACAUUUGUGGGAACUGUGGCGUGGAUUUUUAUUAUCAUGCAUAUCUUACUGCGAAUAACUCACAUUUACGAGAAGUUGCCCUUCGUUCUAAUUCAACCCAAAGUGAAGCUCGUUUGUCUACUCGUUGCUGUUGUGUCGUUUCUUCUUUCGGCGUCUGUGGUCCUUGGCUUCGCGUUUGGGUAUGACUUACUCAAGGCUGCGGCUGCCUGUGGUUAUAUUUCCAUGUUUUUGUUCCUCGGUGAAGCGAUCUGGGUGUUUGUUCAAACAAGGAGGGCCUCAUCCGAGCCAAGCCAGCCCCGGGGGGAGGAUGUGAAACCUGACGAGUUUGUGGAGCGCCCCGGAAACGUUAACUAUUAGUACUGCUUCAUUUGUCAACUGCAGAAGAGUGCUUUAUAAUAUGAACAAUAUGUUUAA